UUUUUAUAUUUAACUAAUACGCUAAUAAUUGUUAUAUAUUAAUAGAAGAAACUGAUAAUGUAACAAAUGUUUGAUACUAAUAUACAUAUACUAUAAUAAUAUAUAUUAAAGAUGGACAAACUUAUAUUUUCUAUACGUUUAUAUAUCACAUAAUUAAACUAUUCUCUUAAAUUUAAAAUCAAAUAAUAAUAAACAAGAAACAUAAAAUAUUGGCAAAUAUUAUUGCAAUAAUUAUAUUUACAUAAUUUAGGCACAACAUUUCUAAUUGAAUCACAAUUAAAAAGCUCACGUUUGGCAGCUUUUCCAUACAUGUAUAUAAACUAACGAUGCAAAAGGAGACGUUCAACAUCUUCGCAACGCGACGAAGGCAAUGAGAGAAGACUCAAUUAAUAGACAAACAAAUUGUACUACGUAUCUCUCAGAAAAAUAAUCGAGGAAACGAAGCAGAUAAAGAGCGUAAACAGAUAACAGAAACUUGCAAGUGACGAUAGCAGACGACACUGAGUAGCACAAGAGAGGGAGCGAAGCUUGCGAAAGAAACGAGGUGGUCUCGCACGGUUAGUAAACCGGCGUGGUCAUCACGUCACGCUAAUAGUCCGUUCAGCAGCUGUUGGUGUCCGGCACUGCAGAAAUUCUCGACGAUGCUUGCGAUCAGUAGAUUCGUACUGAGAAGAAGAGAACUGUUUUCUUCGUCGCAAUGGCGAACUCGCAGCGUGCGCAACGAUGUGCAAGUAUAUUCUUAUCACAGUGCAAACGGUGUUUAUGGAUAUAAGCCAGAUCAACCAAGGCAUUUCGAAGUACCGAGGGAAUAUCUGGAGGAACGAGGAAAGCAGAGCAAUUUUUACAGAUUGGUCAACGCGUAUAGAAACCACGGACACAAGCAAGCUAACAUAGAUCCCAUUUCAUUGAAUAAGCCAUCUUCCUUACCCGAAUUGCAACCGAGGAAUUUCGGGUUGAAUUUAACGGAUAAAGUUCAAUUCAAAGGAAUCUUGUUUGCGGGGCAAACCGAAGGAACGAUAGAAGAAGCCAUUCAAUUUCUGGAUGCUGUUUACAGUGAUGCCGUUGGAACCGAAUUUGCUUACCUCGAGACGGAAGAGGAAAGGGAAUGGUUCGCGGAAACUGUAGAGGGAAAUCUAACGGAGGCAUUGGAUGAUGAAACGCGCCGAACAAUUGCCACAGAAAUGCUAAAAAGUCAAGCGUUCGACAAUUUUCUGGCCAAAAAAUUCGUGAGCCUAAAGAGGUACGGAGGCGAGGGAGCGGAGAGCAAAAUGGCAUUCUUUCAUGAGAUUUUCAAGCUAUGUGCUCGUGAUAAUAUAGAGCAGGUCAUUCUCUGUGCGGCACAUCGUGGUCGUCUCAAUCUAUUGACUGGCUUGUUGAAUUUUCCACCGGGGAAAUUAUUUCGCAAGCUGCGGGGACUAUCCGAGUUUUCAGAUGCAGAUCACAAGUGUACCGGAGAUGUGAUUAGCCACCUUAUUAGUUCCACUGAUCUCAAUAUAGAACACAGGAGCCUACACGUAACCAUGCUUCGAAAUCCUUCGCAUUUAGAGAUAGUGAAUCCAGUAUCGAUGGGCAAAACGCGGGGUGUUAUGCAAGCGCUCAAAGAAGCCGCGUAUGGCGAGGAAGAAGACAGACGAUGGAGCGAUAAAGUGAUAAACAUUCAAGUACAUGGGGAUGCUGCCUAUAUAGGGCAAGGAGUCAAUCAAGAAUGCUUAGCAUUGAGUAGAACGCCGCAUUUUGAAAUCGGUGGUACAAUCCAUUUUAUGAUCAAUAAUCAAUUGGGCUUCACAACUCCUUCUUCGCGAGGUCGCUCAUCAAGAUACUGCACGGAUUUGGCAAAAAUUAUAUCCGCGCCUGUCAUCCACGUGAAUGGCGACAAUCCUGAGAUGGUUGUACGAGCUGCGAGGAUAGCAUUCAAAUAUCAAAGACGAUUUAGAAAAGACGUUUUUAUCGAUCUCAAUUGCUUUAGGAGAUGGGGUCAUAAUGAACUGGAUGACCCUACGAUCACUAAUCCCCUUUUAUACAAAAUCAUAGAAAAUCGACCUUCUAUACCGGAUCAAUAUGUAGAAAAGCUGAUAGAUAUUAACGUUCUUACUCGAGAAAAUGUUAAAAACAUUGUUGAGAAUCACACUGCGUGGCUAAACAAGACUCUGAAAGAAUCCGAAAAUGAUGUAUGGCAAGAGCCAACCGUACAUCAUACCGGAAGGUGGACAGGAAUAAAACCAGCCGAACCCAAUGUAACAAUAUGGGAUACUGGUUUCAACUUGGAUUUGUUGAAAUUUGUGGGAGAAAAAAGUGUUCAAACACCACAAAACUUCGACAUUCAUCCGCAAUUGGUAAAAAAUCAUAUUUCGAAUCGUCUGAGAAAACUUAACGAUGGUGACGCAUUGGAUUGGUCGACCGCCGAAGCAGUGGCUAUUGGUUCUCUAUUAUAUCAAGGAUAUCAUGUGAGAAUAAGCGGUCAGGACGUGGGCCGUGGAACUUUCUCGCACAGGCACGUAAUGCUGAUUGAUCAAUCCACAGAAGACACCUUCAUCCCUUUGAACGCAAUGAUCAGUGGCCAAAUCGGCAAACUGGAAGUGGCCAACAGCAUCUUGUCCGAAGAGGCAGUGCUAGGUUUCGAAUAUGGGAUAAGCAUAACAUCGCCGUUCACAUUGCCUAUUUGGGAAGCACAGUUUGGUGACUUUUUCAACGGUGCGCAGAUUGUCAUCGACACAUACGUAACGAACGGUGAAGCAAAGUGGAUGUCGAGCAGUGGUCUAACGAUUCUUUUGCCACAUGGUUACGAUGGCGCCGGCCCGGAGCAUAGUUCCUGUCGUCUUGAGAGAUUCUUGCAGUUGACUGAUAGCAAGGAGAACCGGGUUGAUGGUGAUGACGUUAACAUACAGAUUGUGAAUCCCACAGAACCGGCACAAUACUUUCAUUUGUUGCGAAGACAGAUGUUAAGAAAUUAUCGGAAACCUUUAAUCGUAAUAGCGCCAAAGAUCUUAUUGCGUCAUCCAUCUGCAACGUCAUUUCUGUCAGAUUUCGCACCUGGCACGAGUUUCAAGACCGUUAUUGGAGAUAAUACGGUGGAGAAUUGCGUAGACAACGUAGACAAAAUUAUUCUAGUCAGUGGAAAGCAUUAUUAUGCGCUUAAGAAAUAUCGAGAAUCUAUUGACAGUAAAAAUGUAGGUAUCAUCAGGGUAGAAAGUCUUUGCCCAUUUCCUACCUAUGAAUUAUUACAAGAGAUUGAAAAAUAUAAACAUGCAAAAGUGUUUGUGUGGAGCCAAGAAGAACCGCGAAACAUGGGCGCAUGGAAUUUUGUUAAGACGCGUUUUGAGAACUUAUGCGGCCGGCAAUUGAAGUACUGUGGCCGAGAAAUUAUGGCAGCACCAGCCGUUGGUGAUGGACACAUACAUCAAAAAGAAGCCAAUGAUGUUAUUGUUAAGCCAUUUACAAUAAAAUAAAAAUGAUAAUAUACUAUCUUGCAAAUCUAUAUGUAAGACUUAUGUUUCAAAAGCACAAUAAAAACCUAUAAAAUUGUUAU